AUGGCUUAUAGACGCAAACUAAAACUCCAUUUUCGCUUUUGCGCAGAUGUUCCAAAGAAAGGAGAUUCUUUGAGGAGGAGGACUUCGUCUCUGUCAAGGAGGGAGUCCUCACAGCGAGAUUCCAAGAGCCCUAACGGAAUUAUUGAGAUAUGUUCUCAGGAUUCUUCUGUCGACUCUUCCGUGAAUGUUUCAGAUUACUCGGCGGUCCCCGAUUCACUUCGUGGGUCUAGGUCCCGGUCUGGUGAUGCCAGAGGUUGA